AUGGCGAUAGUCCAACCAGCCAGUUUCUGCCAGAAGAGCAUCUCCGGGGAGACCAUGCCCUCGCUCUCCCACUGCCGACUGUGGCCUCUCUGGAGCACCACAAGGAAGCAGCUCUUCACCCUGUUUCUCAUCAGCAUCAAACUCACCUUCCUGGCUUCUCUCAUGCUCUACUGGCACCUGGUGGGGGAGUCCCAAGGCCAUGCACGGCUCUGGGCCCUGCCUGCGGACCUGCCCUGUCCGAGCCUGGCACCCCUCGCCAAGCCCAUCCCCUCGGGGGGCCCCAUAUUCUUCGUGGAGACGUCAGAGCGCACCAGCCCUGAGUUCCUGUUCAUGUGCUCGGUGGAGUCGGCGGCCAGGACGCAUCCCGAGUCCCCAGUGAUGGUACUGAUGAAGGGGCUGCCGGCGGGGAACGUCUCACGGCCUCGUCAUCUAGGCCUCUCGCUGCUGGGUUGUUUCCCCAACGUGCAACUGAGGCCCCUGGACCUGGCCCGGCUGUUCCAGGGGACGCCCCUGGCAUCCUGGUACAAGGCGGUGCAGCUGACCUGGCAGCCCUACUGGCUGCCUGUCCUGUCAGACGCCUCCCGCCUUGCCCUGCUCUGGAAGUUCGGUGGCAUCUACCUGGACACAGACUUCAUCGUGCUCCGGAACCUGCAAAACCUGAGCAACUCCCUGGGCACCCAGUCACGCUAUGUGCUCAACGGUGCUUUCCUGGCCUUCGAGCAGCACCACGAGUUCCUGGCCCAGUGCAUGCAGGACUUUGUGGCCAACUACAACCGCUGGGUGUGGGGUCACCAGGGCCCCCAGCUGCUCACGCGUGUCUUCAAGAAGUGGUGCGGGGCUCACAGCCUGUGGGGCCAGCGCACCUGCCGCGGUGUAACGGCACUGCCGAGCCAGGCCUUCUACCCCGUGCCCUGGCAGGACUGGCAGCUCUACUUUGAGGACGUGCAGCCUGAGGAGAUGCAGCAGCUGCUGAAUGGCACCUACGCCGCACACAUAUGGAACAAGAAGAGCCAGGGGCACAGGCUGGACGCCACCUCGAGGGCCAUGCUGGCGCAGUUAUAUGCCCGGUAUUGCCCCACCACGCACCAGGUCAUGAAGAUGUACCUGUGA